GGUUGGGUACGCUCCCUGCCUCUACCCGGGCUCAGUAACACAACUCCCACAACAAUUUCUGUCGCUGUUUUACGCAUUGUAUGGGGUCUCCAUCGUCUCUCUAACCAAUUUUCGGAACCGGAACUAAGGGGAUGGAAGCCGGAUUCGGUCCGGAAUAAGGGGUGGGAAUGAAUCGGCUCAAGGAUAAAUGGUUAUAAACAAUUAUUUAUAUUCAAUGCUAGCUUGCGAUUGUAACUGACUCGCCGAGAGAGGGAGAGAGAGGUGGGGGGGUAUAUCAUGGCCGCUCAGGUCGCUAGCGCCGCCACUCUUAACACCAGCCCGCCUUCCGAACUCAAAAAACCGGAUCGAGAACCCAAGGAGGAGUCGGUACCGGGGGAGAAGCAGUCGGAUAAAAAGCAGUCGGGCUUGGACAGCGGAUCGCCGGGCCGGGGAGAUCUGCAGGACGGGGCCGAGGCUGGAAAUGCAGGGGGAGGAGGGGAACCUGAGAUGAAGAACGGGAAUGGGAACCCGCCCAGGGCUAACAAUAAUAACCAGAAUGACUCUGUUGGACCGGAGGGAAAUAACCAUCCCGGUCUCGUGCAUCACCACGGCACCGCUUUUCCACCACCUUCGUACGGAUACAGUCAGCACUACGGUCGGGCCCCUUUUCAUCAACAUGGCGGACAACAAAGCCCUGGCAUGGCAGCUGCUGCGGGUCCGGUCGUGCAGUCGAACAACAUGAUGGACCCGUAUCAACCCAAUUCGCACGAGCAUGGCUUUUCCAACCACCAGUUUAACAAUUACAACCCAUUCCCGAACAGGACUCCCUACCCGGGCCAAGCAUACGCCAUGAACUCGCCGCGCAAUACUCAGGCGCCGACAGCUGGGGGGCAGCCAGCUAAGCAGCAGCCAGCAGCGGGAGGACCCACGGCGAUGGCUGGAUCAUACAGUAACCAGAGAUAUAACAUUGGGAACCCUCAGCCCACAUCUACACCGACACUGAACAAGCUCCUAACGUCCCCCAGCUCAACGCGGGGAUAUCCCAACUACCCGUCUAGCGACUACAGUAGCCAAGAAGGAGCUAGUAAGGGACCAGCAGACAUGGGCAGUAGCGGCCAGUAUGGAGGGAGCAAUCCGGGCUGGCAACAAAGGAGUCAUCACCCGUCGCCCAUGAGCCCGGGAAGUGCCGGGCAGCCGCUAGUUAGAAACCAGCCACCUGGUCCCAUGGACCCGAUGGGCAAAAUGAGAGGCCAGCUAUACGGAGCAGGCAGUCCAUAUGGUCAGCAGUCGCAACAGGGGCCUCCCACAGGUCCUCAACAGGGCCCCGGUUACCCUGGACAGGGCUAUGGCCCUCCAGGUCCCCAGCGAUACCCAGUAGGAAUGCAAGGACGUACACCCGGAGGCAUGGGUGGCAUGCCAUAUGGUCCACAGAUGGGAUCUUAUGGACAACAGGGACCAGGAAGCUAUGGCUCUCAAGGCCAGGCACCGUAUUAUGGUCAGCCAGGCCAGGGUCCUCAUCCUAGCCAGCAGCAAACCCCCUACUCGCAGCCUCCUCCAGGACAACCAGGUGGCCAAACACCGUACCCAGGGCAACCCCACCCUGCACCAACUUCAGCUGCUCAUACCCAGGGAGGACCACCGUAUCAGCAGCCUCACAUGCCCCCACAGGCGCAGGGGCCACUGCCAGGCCCAUCCCAAGGGCCUCCACAAUCUCAGCCACCUUAUUCUCAAGCCUCAGUCCCACAGUCAGGCCAAUCUCCCUAUGCCCAGCAGUCAGGCCCUCCUAGUCAGGCCUCGCAGCAGCCAAGUUCUCAGCCACCUCCUGGAUCACAGGGCCAGGCCAACUACCCAGGAUCCACACAGGGGCCUCAGCAGCCUCCCUCUCAGCAGCAGCAGGCACAGUCUCAGCCUCCUCAGCAGCCACCGGGACACAGCCAACACCCACAGGGCCCACCUGCAGCGUACCCACCGAACCCGCAGCAGCAAGCACAACAGUCCCCUUAUCAGCGAUUUCCUCCUCCACAACAGCAGGAGGUAUCCCAGGACUCGUUUCAGUCCAACGCCCCUCCAUCCACUCAGCCUAAAUCUGGCCCAGAGGAUGGCCAAGGCCGCCCAUCUAGCCUCCCGGACCUGUCAGGCUCCAUUGACGACCUGCCCACUGGAACAGAGGGCGCCCUUAGUCCCGGCGUGAGCACGUCGGGAGUGUCGAGCAGUCAGGGCGAGCAAAGUAACCCGGCACAGUCGCCCUUCUCUCCUCACACGUCCCCCCACCUGUCAGGCAUCCGAGGGCCUUCACCUUCCCCAGCUGGUUCCCCCGCCAGUGCCAGCACACCCCGCACAGGACCGCUGUCACCCGCCAACAUGCCAGGGACCCAGAUGCCUCCCAGGCCAUCAAGUGUACAGUCAGAUGGGAGCCUACACCCAACAAUGAACCAGUCUCCUAUGACCCAGGACAGAGGUUUUAUGCAGAGAAACCCACAGAUGCCCCCAUACGGCUCUCCUCAGUCAGCCUCUGCACUCUCACCACGCCAGUCUUCAGGGGGACAGAUGCAUCCUGCGAUGGCUCCUUAUCAGCAGAACAACUCUAUGGGUGGCUUUGGGCAGCAUGCGGGACAAUAUGGCCCCCAAGGUUAUCCUCGCCAACCUGGCUAUAGCAACAUGCCCAAUGCUAAUUACCCUGGGCCUGGCAUGGGCCCAAUGAACCCUAUGGCAGGACAAGGUGGAGGGCCACCAUAUGCUGGCAUACCUCCAGGGAGGAUGCCUCCGAAUCAAAUGGGGGCACGUCCCUAUGGCCCCAAUAUGGGUCCAAAUAUGGGGCCCAACAUGGGUCCAAACAUGCCUCCAAACAUGGGGAACAUGCCACCCCAGGUAGGCUCAGGAAUGUGUCCACCUCCAGGCAUGAACAGAAAGCCCCAGGACCCUGCAGCCAUGCAGCACCCUGCCACCAACUCCAUGCACAAUAGGAUGCCUGGUUACCCCAACAUGUCUCCUGGCAUGAUGGGAUCUGGACCACCUUAUGGUCCUCCCAUGAACAACAUGCCUGGAAUGAUGAACACUCAAGGUGGAUCACCUUAUCCUAUGGGGCCAAACAUGGCCAAUAACUCAAGUGGUAUGGCCCCCAGUCCUGAGAUGAACAACAAGAUGAAUAAUAAAGUAGAUGGGAGUGUUACACCCAAACCAGAAACUAAAUCCAAGAAGUCCAAUUCUUCCACCACAACCAAUGAAUCGAUAACACGACUCUACGAGUUAGGACCUGAGCCAGACAGGAAGAUGUGGGUCGACCGUUACCUGGCUUUCAUUGAAGAGAAAGCCAUGAGCAUGACCAACUUGCCUGCUGUAGGACGCAAACCCCUUGACCUUUUCCGACUCUACGUGUCAGUUAAAGACAUCGGAGGAAUGACACAGGUGAAUAAAAGUAAGAAGUGGCGUGACCUAGCUACUUCCCUGAAUGUGGGUACAUCCAGCAGUGCUGCCAGUUCUUUGAAGAAACAGUACAUUCAGUGUUUGUAUGCAUUCGAGUGCAAAAUUGAACGUGGAGAGGACCCUCCUCCUGAGAUUUUUACGGACAACAAAAAGAACCAAGCUGCUAAGGUCCAGCCACCAUCUCCAGCGUCCCUCUGCUCCACAGCUGGGUCAGGUUCUCUGCAGGGUCCUCAGACACCCCAGUCCACCAGCAGCUCAAUGGCAGAGGGGGGAGACUUAAAACCUCCCACCCCAGCCUCCACUCCUCAUUCCCAGAUGCCCCCCAUGCCGCCUGUGUCCAGGAGUAGUGUUAACCUGCAGGACCCCUUCUCUGAAGGAAAUGACCCUGCUUUCCCAAGGAAGAACAUGACACCCAACUCUGCCUAUCAAUCUGGCAUGAACACACCAGACAUGCAGGGGCGCAUGGGUUCCUAUGAACCUAACAAGGACCCAUUUAGUAACAUGCGGAAAGUUGGGGAGCAGUUUUUACCUGCUAAUCAAGGCCCUAACAGUGGGGUGGGUGACCAGCCACAGCAGCCACCGCCGCAACAGCAGCAGCCUACAUUCAACAGAGGACCACAUGGGGCAAUGGGCACGAUGCCAAUGGGGCCCAGACAGCAGUAUUCCUAUGGACCAGGCUAUGACAGGAGAUCAGAACCAGGAAUGGGUCCAGAAGGCAACAUGGGAACCGGUGCUCCUCAGCCAAACCCUAUGAUGCCUGCCAAUGCCGAAGCAGGGAUGUAUUCACCAAAUCGCUUCCCUCCACAGCAACCACGGCAUGAUUCCUAUGGUAAUCAGUAUCCUGGACAGGGAACGCCCCCUACUGGCUCCUACCCAAAUCAGCAGCCUGGAAUGUAUCCACAACAACAGAGUUACAAGCGUCAUGGAGAAGGUGUUUACCCUCCAUCUAAACGUCAUGAGGCUGAGUACAGUGGGCCUUUCCCCGGUGGACAACAACAACCACCACCACAGCCGCAGCAACAGCAAGGAGGCACCACUGCACCCUCUUCAGGACAGCAGGAGUCAUACAAUCAAUACAGUGGUAGUGGGCCCUACACUGGCCCUGAUCGCCGCCCACCUGGCCCAGGCAAUCAAUUCCCCUACCCCUUUGGUCGUGAACGGAUGCAGGGAGCGACUGGGCCCAACGCUCAACCUAACAUGCCCCCUCAGAUGAUGCAGUCAGGCCCCGAGGGUCCUCAGGGAGGCAUGUGGCAAGGACCACGAGACAUGAACUAUCAAAACUACCCCAGCCGUCAAGGUGGCCCUGGGGGCCCGCCCCCGGGACCUGGUUACCCUGGUAUGAACCGUUCAGAGGAGAUGAUGUCAUCAGAACAGCGUAUGAAUCAUGAUGGUCAGUGGGGUGGUCAAAUGGGUCCACGGCAGCCCCCUUAUGGUCCUGCAGGGCCUGGCCAACCUAUGCCUCGUUCAGUACAGUCCAACUAUCAGCCCCCUCAGGGUGUGCAGAACCACAUUCCACAGGUGUCCAGUCCGGCCUCCAUGCCCCGCCCUAUGGAGAGCAGGACAUCACCCAGUAAAUCUCCGUACAUUCACGGAGUAAUGAAGAUGCAGAAGGCUGGACCUCCAGUGCCUGCAUCUCACAUAGUGCCCCCUCCAGUACAGUCUCCUCUAAUAAGGCGAGACAUGCCUUUUCCCCCAGGCUCUAUAGAAGCUAGCCAUCCUGUUCUGAAACCACGUCGGAGACUCACUAUGAAAGAUAUUGGGACACCAGAGGCCUGGAGAGUCAUGAUGUCAUUAAAGUCUGGUUUACUGGCUGAGAGUACAUGGGCCUUAGAUACUAUCAACAUUCUCCUGUACGAUGACAGCAGUAUUUCAACCUUUGAUCUCAACACGUUGCCUGGUUUCCUUGAGUUGGUGGUUGAGUAUUUCAGACGUUGCCUCAUUGAGAUCUUUGGCAUUCUCCGAGAGUAUGAGGUUGGAGACCCUGGCCAGAGGACGCUACUUGAUCCUAAUGCCUUGAAACAAGACUGGGACUGCCCUGAAGAAGAGGACCCACAGGCUGAGGACAUGGAUCAAGAGGAAGGUGAUGAUGAUGAUGAAGAGGAGGAGGAACAAGAAACAGAUGGGCCAGCUCAUGUGAAAGAGGAGAAAGAGCAAGAGCAGUGCAGCAAAUCUCGCGGCCGAGAUGAGGUGACAGAAGAUGAGGAGAGGAAAAGCAAAGGCUCUUCAUCUGAACAGGCAGGCUCAUUGCAAUCCUUACCUGCGCAUGAGAGACCUAAACAAGCCAGCAAAUUUGACAAGUUUCCCCUGAAGGUGGUACGAAAGAAAGAUCCAUUUGUAGCUGGCCAGUCUAAUAAUCAUGGCAAACUGCAGGAGUUUGACAGUGGGUUAAUUCACUGGAGUGCUGGAGGGGGAGACUCAACAGAACACAUCCAGACCCACUUUGAACCCCGCAAAGACUUCUUGGGACAUCGAGAGCGAUUCCCUGUGCCCUCAAUUUUGCUAAAGAGACGAGUCCCUGAAGAAGAGAUACAGGAAAUUUGCUUGCCAAUGGAGGAGGAGAAAAUGAAGCAAGAUGAUGAAGAAAUGCCACAAGAGUCUUCUUCCUCUGAGAAAGUAGCUGUCUCUGAGAAGGCCACUCCUUCACCAAGCAAUGAGGAGGAGAAGAAAACACCUUCUGAAAUUAAAACAGUUGAGAAUGGUGCUCUCCAGGAGAAUAAUAGACAAAUUCUUUCCACCGGCAGCGUUUUAUUCCAGCGGGCACGGCAGACUGGCACCAUCCUGGAGGAUGAGCCUCACAGUAAAGACGAGGGGCCGCUCGUUACUCUGGCUAACUGGCAGGAUGCCUUGGCCCGUCGUUGCAUUUGUGUCUCCAAUAUUGUCCGCAGUCUGUCCUUUGUACCAGGCAAUGACCACGAGAUGUCCAAACAUCCUGGGCUGUUGCUGCUACUGGGCCGUCUGAUCCUGCUCCACCACAGGCACCCUGAACGCAAACAGGCCCCGCUCACCUAUGAGAAAGAUGAGGAUACAGAAGAAGGAAUGGGCCAAAGGGAUGAAUGGUGGUGGGACUGCUUGGAGCUCCUGAGGGAGAACACGCUGGUCACAUUGGCGAACAUAUCAGGCCAACUUGACCUCUCCAUCUACCCAGAGAGCAUCUGCCUGCCCUUGUUGGAUGGUCUUCUCCACUGGGCUGUCUGCCCCUCCGCAGAGGCCCAGGAUCCCUUUCCCACCCUGGGCCCCCAUAGUGCUUUGUCACCUCAGAGACUGGUCCUGGAGACGUUAAGUAAAUUAAGCAUUCAAGACAACAACGUGGACCUCAUCUUGGCCACUCCACCAUUCAGUCGGCUAGAGAAGCUAUAUGGAAACCUGGUGCGGCUAAUUGGUGACAGGAAAAUUGCAGUCUGCAGGGAGAUGGCUGUUGUCCUACUGGCAAACCUGGCCCAGGGUGACACUAUGGCAGCCCGAGCCAUCGCUGUUCAGAAGGGCAGUGUGGGCAACUUGUUGGGCUUUCUGGAGGAUAGUCUGGCUGCCACACAGCUUCAGCAGAGCCAGAGCUCUCUACUACACCUGCAGGGGAUGCACUUCGAACCCACAAGCCCGGACAUGAUGCGGCGAGCUGCCCGGGCUCUGCACGCCUUAGCCAAGGUGGAGGAGAACCACUCAGAGUUCACACUACAUGAGUCCCGACUCCUCGACCUUUCGGUGUCUCCCCUAAUGAACUCGCUGGUUUCUCAUGUUAUCUGUGAUGUACUCUUUUUGAUAGGCCAGUCAUGACAGCUGUAGGGAGCCGUGGCUCCACUUUCUGGGGGUUUAAUCCCCAAUCCCCUCUUCCCUGGUAACCUGGCUUGUGUGUGUAACAGGGCAAGGAAAGUUCAAGUGACUGUCUUUUUAAUUUAUGAAAAUCCUUCAGAUUCCAUUCUCUGAGCCCUCCCCAGGCCGUCCUUCCUCGAGGAGGAUAAUCACAGAGCUGUGGUGGAUUACAAACCAGAGAGAUGCCCACAAAGUGACACUACUUGCAAAAUGAAUGCCAACUGGAUGAUACAAAGCAGAGCACCGUGGUUGGGAGACUGUUCUGCACUUGGGGGAAAAGUACUUUUUAAUAAAGAUAAAUAAAUGAAUAAAUAGCUGAAAAACAAAAACUGUAACCAAAGUUGCUGUCUCGUUUACAGUGAGUUUGGGAGACACAGUGUGCCCUAGCUCUCCCUCAAGGGCACAGUGAGUCUGUAACUGGUUGAUGUUCAGAGGUGAAGCAGACUGACAAGUGGCCUACUGGUUAUUGUUGCUGUAGUUGGAUUCUCACCAGUCAGCCUGGCAGCAGACAAAGUGCUGUCAAUAGACACCUUCACCAGGGAGGCCUGUGCAGUGUGCAGUAGAUUGUAGGACAUUUUCUGUACCAUACUGCUCUUGAGUGUAAGCAUUCUGUAACACGUUUCACACAGAAAGCUGAUGAUGCAGCUCUUCUAGAGUUUGAGGUCAUUUUAGUUUGGUGUUAAACAGAAAAUGGCUUUCUUCCCCAAAGUAUCAAGAACCUACAACACCCUUACCUCCUCUUAUCCCUUGAUUGUAUGAAUACCCUUAUGAAAAGAAAUCACCUCUUAGGACUGGUUUUCAACUUCAAAUACAGCUUUGCUGUGGUGUAUAUAUAAUGUUGUACAUUACACUUCCUUUCUCUGUGUCUGUCUCUGUCUGUGUCACUAUUCUCACUCUUCUUAUUGGUGAGGAAUGGAGGCUGACUUGUGAGUUUGGUCCGUUACCUCCACUCCCUGCUGAUUAGACCCACUCCUCUGGUCUCUCCACAGCUCCACAGUACGGCAGACACGGCUCAGACCUGUUAUCUCCUGGUACAACAAAAAUAAACUAGAUGAAGUACACAUUGACAACUUUUCUCUGAACAUGGAUUCUGCAUAUUUGUAUUUCAGACUAUGUAGCUAAGACAACAUGUAAAUUCCUCCCUUUCCCUUUUUUGGCUCAAUGAAUAUCAUUUAUUCAGUAUGAAAUCUUUAUACUAUAUGUUCCACGUGGUAAGAAUAAAUGUACAUUAAAUCUU